CCCAGAAUAGUUGAACGGCUCCGAUUUCAUUUAGUCGCUUAAUUUCUUUGGGAGCAUCAGAACGGACUACACGGCCUCAGUUUGAAGAACAGGAUGGCCUGAGGGAACCAGGAAAUAGGAUCACCUCUUCAAGCUGUUCUACAGGGGAAACAGUUCGUUUUAAUCGCUUUGACCGACUGUCAAUAUCCAACCACUCCAUCUUCUCAAACAUGCCCCAGUUAAUCGUUGGUGGAUGAAGUAAAAGAUAAAGCGAUUUUUUUUCAACUUGUAAAAGAAGAUUCAUUGAUAAACAAACGGGGGUCUACAGAACUUCUGGGGAAAAUGAAAGAAGCCAUCCGACCAGCAACUGUAGAUGAAACAAAUUGGUCAACUCAAAAUGUGUGCAUGAUACAUAAAGAAGAUUUAAGUCUUUUCUGUUUGGAGGAUCAAAUUCCCCUUUGUUCACUCUGCAGAAAAUCCUGGGAUCAUGCAGGGCACACUGUCAUUUCCAGGAAUCAACCAGAAAAUCAGGCUACUGGAAAUGUCUUAAAUGGGGGGAAAUCCCAGCCAACCGGGGCUUCCAUUGUAGAAUUUUCAAACAUAAACACAGCAGACUUCAUAGAAAAAGGACGAGCAACUGAUGGGAUUGAAGAUGACAACAAAGAUAAUAAGGACGCAGCUCUUGAGCAGUGUGUGGACUUCAUCUUGGAAGAAAAGAAGGAAGCAGGCAACCCGCCUAACGCCAGGGUCAAAAACUCAAUUACCUGGAUUAUCCUCAUACUAUUCAUCAUUCAGAUUGCGGGGUUGGUAACCACCAUCUUCGUUUUUACAAAAGCUAAACCUCAGUUGCCUUCUGCUGCUGCCACCACUUCCUGUUGCCCAACGGGCUGGCAGAUGUCCCAAGGGAACUGCUACCAUGUUUUGGAAACCCAACAGAGCUGGAAUGCUAGUCAGAAUCGUUGUCUCUCCCUUGGGGCCACCUUGGCUGUUUUUGGGGAUCUAGAGAAACUGAUUGGUGAUGUGACUGUCAGAGAGCCCUUUAACCACUGGAUUGGCCUCCACCGAAGUUCUGAAGACAGAUGGAAAUGGCCAGAUGGGACUCUAUUCAAAAACCUCUUCGAAGUGGAAGGAGACGGACGCUGUGCUUAUUUGAAGAACAGAGCGGCGAGCAGCGGUGAUUGUGCCAUCGGGAAGAAAGGACUGUGCAGCCUGAAAGGGUUAAUGAAACACAAACUCUGCCCGGCGACAUGACCUCUGAAGAAUUCCUUCCGCACCAAAAAGGGAGCCGGAGCCCUUCACUGCCACUGUGUGUUGGGCGUGCAUGCACCACAAUAAAUUUCUGUGGGUGGCCUUCCUUUUUCAUCCAUGCAGGAGAUAAAACAUUUUUACAGAGUAUAACUAACAAAAACUGACUAGACUGAGGGGGGGAAAAAUAAAAGUGAUGUAAGACAAGAUCUUAACACAUUUUAAGGUUGGGGGUUCCCCCCUGCCCCCCCAAUACGGGUUGCGAUCCUAAAUAUGUUUUUCGGGGGAGACCACCCCUUGAAUUUAGAGGGAUUUUACUCCCAAGUAAAUUAGAAAUCUAUUUUAAGAUUAUAUUCACGCUGUGUGUUUUGGUACAUAUGCGCUCUAGCUGGAUUGAGAGUGCUCUGCUACCUCACUUUUUUUUUUCUCCUUUAGUUAAAAGCAAUGCAAAUUUGGAGAAGGAAUACUUUAAAACACUAGUCAAUUUUGAGUAAUUGUGUGGCCAGACUAGGCUAAAAUGGGUCAGGGGUAGAUUGUGAUUCAGUGUGUUGUAGGACACCCGGCUGUUAGCUUUUGCAUGUGGUGUGAACUGGGUUACCAAGCCCUAGGACUGCAUGUUUGUAUGGAAUUUAAUACAUUGGAUGACCCCAA